AUGGCCGACCCCAUCAUGGACCUGUUCGACGACCCCAACCUGUUCGGGCUCGACCCCUCCCCGACGACCUGGGCAACCCCUUCAUGGGGUCUCGGCCCCCCGCGCGCCCCCAAAAUCGUCAUCCUCAAAGCCCCUCCCCCCGCCGGGGGGGCCGGAGCCGGCGCCGCCCCCCAGAACGGGGGCAAAGUCACCCUGGCCAAGGUGCUGAGCGGGGCGGGGGCCGCCGUGCUGGGCGGGGGUCCCGCUGCGGCCCCACCCAGGCUGGGGGUCCCGCCGGGCCGGCCCGUCAAGCAGCUCCUGCUGCAGCCCCUCAAAACCGCGCGGGGGCGCCGGGCGGCCACCGGGACCCCCCUCAAACCUGGAGUCACCCUCACGCCCGCCCAGGGCGAGUCGAAGCGCAUCACGCUGGUGCUGCAGCAGCCGGGCGGCGCCGGGGCGGGCCCCGGGCAGCGCCACGUGGUGCUGGGCACCCUGCCCGGCAAGCUGGUGGUCCAGGGGGGUCCCGCCGGCUCCCCAGGCCCCGCCAAGGCCGCCCCCGGCCCCGCCAAGGUGGUGACCAUCCAGCUGCAGGUGCAGCCGGCGCCCGGCGCGGCGGCGGCGACGCCGGGGGCGCCGCAGAAGAUCCAGCUGGUGCAGCCGGCCGGGGCGGCGCCCGUGGGCGUGGCGCAGGUGCCGCAGGUGGUGGGCGCCGCCGGGCACCGCCUCACCGUGCCGCUCAAGGUGGUGCUGCAGCCGCAGGCGGGCUCAUCGCAGGGCGGCUCGGCGGGGCUCUCGGUGGUGAAGGUGCUGAGCGGCGCCGAGGUGGCGGCGGUGGCGUCGUCGUCGUCGUUGUCGCCCUCAUCGGGGGCCGGCGCCGCGUCCCGGGGCUCGGCUGACGAGAGCCGCAAGCUGGAGCACCAGAAGAAGCAGGAGAAGGCGAACCGCAUCGUGGCCGAGGCCAUCGCCCGCGCCCGCGCCCGCGGCGAGCAGAACAUCCCGCGCGUGCUCAACGAGGACGAGCUGCCCAGCGUGCGCCCCGACGACGACGGCGAGCGCCGGCGCCGCCGAAAGGGCCCCGGCGAGAGAGGGGGCGGCGCCAAGGACGAGCGGCCCCGGCGCGGCAAAGGGCAGGGCGGCAGCAAGAGCAAGGCCCGCGGCAAGGCCAGCACCAUCACGCCGGUGGUGGGCAAGAAGCGCAAGCGCAACGCGUCCUCCGACAACUCCGACUCCGAGGCCCUCCCGGCGCCGUCCCCGCGCGACGACGACGAGUGCAGCGUCCAGAAGCGGCGCUCGAACCGGCAGGUGAAGCGCAAGAAGUACACCGAGGACCUGGACAUCAAGAUCACGGACGACGAGGAGGACGAGGAGCUGGACGUGACGGGCCCGGCUCGGCCGGACCAGCCCCAGCCGUCCCAGCAGUCCCAGCAGCCCCCCCAGCAGCCCCACCAGUCCCACCAGUCCCUGCAGUCCCAGCAGGCGCAGCCGGCGCCGCCCGAGCCCGAGGGGGAGGCCCUGCCCUCCAUGCAGUUCUUCGUGGAGAACCCGAGCGAGGAGGACGCAGCCAUCGUGGACAAGGUGCUGUCCAUGCGGGUGGUCAAGAAGGAGUUACCAUCGGGCCAGCUCGUGGACUGCGAGGAGUUCUUCGUCAAGUACAAGAACUACUCGUACCUGCACUGCGAGUGGGCCACCAUCGACCAGCUGGAGAGGGACAAGAGGAUCCACCAGAAGCUCAAGCGCUUCAAGACCAAGAUGAGCCAGAUGAGGCACUUCUUCCACGAGGAUGAGGAGCCGUUCAACCCCGACUACGUGGAGGUCGAUCGGAUCCUGGACGAGUCCCACUCCGUGGACAAGGACAACGGGGAGCCCGUGGUGUACUUCCUGGUGCAGUGGUGCUGC